CAGCGGAGCAGCGAGUUCAGUCGGUGUUUGUGUGCAUGCUCUGUGGGGACAGCCGAGACAUCUCUCUCUCCGGGAAGAAUGAAGCCGUGUCUGCUGGGCGUCCAGCUGACCCUGCUCUGCGCCCUGUCGGCCAGCGGCGAGGUCCAGCCGCAGAAAGACUUCGAUCUCCAGAAGUUCGCAGGGAGGUGGUAUCGUGUCGGACUCGCCUACGACUCCCCCGCCUUCGCUCCGUUCCGGCACAUGCUGCGCAUCUCCAAGGGGAUCCUGACCCCUAUGGAAAAUGGGAAUGUCAACGUCACCAUGUGGGGAGCGAGGUCCUCUGGCUGCCGCAGCAGGAUGUACAUGUACGAGAAGACAGCUGUCCCGGGCCAGUUCACCUACUUCAGCACCAGUCACAACCGGGUGAAGGACAUCACCAUCGUGGAGACCAACUACGACGAGUACGCCUUGGUGAUGAAGCACAAGAAGAUGGACAAGGAAUAUUCCCAGGUGGCGCUAUACGGCCGCACGGAGAGGCUGAGACCCGAGCUGCUGGAGAAGUUCCGGGAGUUUGCGCUGGCCCAGGGAUUCUCUCCCGAAUCCAUCCUGACCCCGCCUCCGACAGAAGACUGUCCCCCAGGUGGAAUUUAGACCAGUCAAUCUGGAGACCCAGGAGCUACGGAGAGAUCAGACUGCCCUGCUCUGAAAGCUCAAAGCCAUCGCCACUAUCCGCCUCUCUUCC